CAGUUAAUUGUGAAGCUAGUACUUUCUAUGCAGUUAAUGCUGCUUCUAAUGUCUCACACACUGUUAACGCUGAAGCUAAUACACUUUGCAAUAAUGUGGUUGAUAAUGAAGUUAAAACAUCUUCAAGCAAAACGCUAUAUGAUUUUUCUUUGCUAAGGGUUGUUUAUAUAUUUUGGUCAUGGGAUGAUGUUGAUUCUUUUCUUAAAACCUAUAGUCAAUAUCAUAGAUUUGCUAUUAUUAAAAAAAAAGUUGAGCAACGUGAUAAUAGUACAAUUAAGCAUAGUUCUUUUGGAUACGAAUUCGAGAAAAGUAUAUACCCAAAAAAAGUAUUGAUAUCAAUGUUUACCCUAAUCAAUAGUCAAAAUAGCAAGGAUGUAAAUG